AUGGAACCCAUAUCUCGCCCUGGAGGCAGACUAAGGGGCUCCAUGAUUAUGCCCACUUUGAUUCAGAACCUGAAGAAUAUUCUGGAGCAAUAUCCAGACGAUGGUCAAAUAUUAAAGGAAAUAAUUCAAAAUGCUGAAGACGCCAAAGCCAGUAAGGUCGUUUUCUUAAUUGACAUGCAAACCUAUGGCACAAAUCCUAAGAAACUUUUCUGCCCAGAGUUAGCCAUGCACCAAGGUCCAGCUCUCUACGCCUACAACGAUGCUAUUUUGGCCGAUAAAGAUUGGGAUGGGAUCAGAAAGUUGGGGUCCAGUAACAAAGUCGACGAUCCUCUACAAGUUGGACGCUUUGGUCUCGGGUUCAAAUCCGUCUUUCACCUAACUGACUUGCCUGGUAUAUACAGUGGAGAUGUUAUUGGUUUCCUGGAUCCACACGAAAAGUAUUUCCACAAAAAGUCAAUCUAUACAUGGGAUUUUACGUAUGAAGAAGAAAGAAACGAGAUUUUGACACUUUCUGAUCAGUUCAGUCCAUUCAAGCAGAGUUUGUUCAACGUCAAUGGUAACAAUUUUCAUCACGGUCGUUUUAAUGGAACUAUAUUUCGAUUCCCAUUGAGAAAAACCAAAUCCGAAUUAUCUGAUAAAUGUUGUAGUGAGAAUGAUUUGAGGCUGUUGUUUUACUCACUCGAGAAGGAAAGCCAUUUACUGCUACUGUUUUUAAAGAAUAUUGAAUCGAUUGAGUGCUACAAGAAAUAUCCGGACGGUAGCAUAGAGGAAAUUAUUAAGAUUAAAAUCAGCGAAAGUGUGAAGAGUAUUGCAAAGUUGAAGAGAAAAGAACUGCUGUCAAAGUUAGAAUCCUCAUUUGAUGCUAACCCUAAAGCUCCUCCGUUUUCAGUUUCCUAUCCCUUAUCACUUGAAGUUUCUAAAAGCCAGACAUCCGAGACAACUAAUUGGAUAAUUACACAACACUUCAACGGCCACGAUACUAAGUUCAACGAUAAAAAUUAUUUGCCUUUAGUUGGGAUAGCGACGAAAGCUGAAAUGAAUAUUUCGGCUCCGUACGGACAGAUUUUUUGCUUCCUCCCACUCCCACUAAAAUCAGAGAGUCCCACAGGAUUUAAUUUUCACAUCCACGCCUCGUUUGCAUUAGAACAGAACAGGCGACACAUCAAGCAUGUAUCCGCGGAUCAGGAUCCGAACAAUAUAUCUGACAAGGAUCUUCUGUGGAACCAAUUUCUUCUUUCGGAGGUUUUUUCGAAGUGUUUGAUCGAGCUGAUAACGUUUCUUAUUGGUUGGCAUUCAGAUGAUAACGACCAUUCAGUUCCAUUUCUGAGUAGUUACAAGAGUGCAGAGUUAAAAAGUGAUUUUGCAAAUUUCGUGUAUUCACUGAUGCCAAACAUGGUUGAUGUUAACGUGCAGUGGAGGGGAUUGGUCGAAUCAUUUUACAAGCACCACUUCAACGGUGUUCAAUUUUAUUCAAAUUGCAGUUCAGCCUGGUUAGAUAAAAGGCACUUGUAUUUUCUAAACACAAAUGACGAGUUUGAAAAACAAAUUUUCAUCUUAAUAAUGAAAACAGAUAAAAAAGAAAACUGCGCAAUACCGAUCCAUUUAUUAAACAAGCUAACUCCAUACAAUAUUUGCAUUUUGACAAACCAAGAGUUAUGUAAAAGUUACAAAAGGCACCAAACUUUAUUAAAUUUUAGUGAAGAGGCGAAAUUGAAACUACUGAAAUGUUUUGAAGGAAUUCAACAUGACUUGAUAGGCACCGACCUGCUGCCCCUUAUGGACUCGACAUGGACCACCUUUCAAAGCAAGUCUGCAACGAAUAAAAUUUUUAUUUUGGACGGCAAAUACGAUGAAGAAAAAUUAUUUCCGAUGCAGAAAAAUAAAUUUCUCGAUAAAAAUAAAAUUUCAAAAACAUUGCUUAAUUUUGCUCAAAAAAAUACACAAGUUUGUCACCUUGAUGAAUUUGAUUUUGCUGACUUAGUUAGAGAUGCUUUGGCAGAUUUUGAAAUAAACAAUAAAAGCUGUUUGACAAUUGACUGGUUGGAAACAGUUUGGAAGCAUUUAAGGCAGGAGUUUCCCAACGAUCUGUCAAAAUUUGACGGUCUCCGCCUGCUACCAAUCAAUGAACGCCACGUUGUGAAGUUGUCCAAGAACCAAUGUAUUUUGCAAAAGCUUGAAAAUUUACAAAUUAAAUCCCUGUGCAAAAUAUUGAAUUUGACUUACAUUGAAUAUUCAAACUGCAAUAUUUACAGUCAUUCAGCAUUAAAAGAUUAUACACUUGAAUCAAAUUAUUUGAGUGUCAUCAAACUCAUCAUUCAUAGCUCAAAUUAUUAUGAAAUCGUUAAUAAAUUUACUUUUCUUGAAAAUGGCGAUAAGUUAAAUUUUCUCAUAGGCAUAGCUAAAGAAACAAAAGACAAAAGAUUUGAUGCAGAUGAAAUUUGUUUGUUGAAAGCAUUGCCAAUUUUUCAAACGAUAGAUAACGGCAACAGAGAUGCACAGAGGUUUGUGUCAAUAGAAUUAGUAAACAUGGCUCCCGACGAACCUCUUUAUGUACCUGUGCCGUCUUUCGGACAUUUGUUGGACAUCAAUGAUCAUUACGCGAAAAAUCUAGCUAAAAAAUUAGGAGUGCAGUUUUUAAGCCAUUCUACUUUGAUAGACGAAUUUUAUUUGAAACCUGUGAAAGAAAAGAAAAGUUACUUUUCUAACGAUGAAAUUCAACAACUUUUGAAAUUUUUAUCGCAACAUAUUGAGACAUUAUCUGCAUCAUCAGUCUUGUUUUUAACGACGUAUCCAUUUAUUACAACUUCAAAUGAUCGGCUUGUUUCUCCUUCGCAAUUGUUUGAUCCUUCAGAAAAAAAUCUUUCAAAAAUUUUGUCCGCUGAUCAUUUUCCUUCAGGAGAUUGGGCCAAAGUUGAAUAUAUUAAAAUGCUUAAAUGCUUGAAAUUGAAAAACAUAAAAAAUUUGUCAGUUAAUGAUUUUGAAGAAAUGGCUAAAAAUAUUUGUAAAUCAACUAAAUUUUUAGAACUGUUCAACAUUUUCAUGGAUGUCUUAACAGAGAGGAUUGAAUUGUUAGAAAAUGGUUGUCUGCGAGAGCUUCUUAUGGAAAUCGAAUGUUUUCCAGUCGAAACAAUAAAAUCGCAAAACUAUCCGGAGUCAUUAAGACACAAGGGCAAAUCAGAAAAUAAAAAUCUAGCAUGCUAUCACCAGGUUUAUUCGACAUUACAUGAAAAUUUAAUUGGUUCAGAUAGCUUUUUAAUAAAUUCAAAUAAAUGGCCCGCUAUUGAAACAAUUUUAGGUUGGUCAUCUUCUCCACCAAUGCACUUAAUAAAAUCACAUUUAUUCAAUAUAGUUCAGUGCUUUAAUUCGGCAGAAACACAUCUCUAUAUGAACAUACUUCAUGACAUUUACAAAUAUUUGAACAAACAGUCCAAAUUUCAAAUUUCUAUGUGGUUUUCAACUGAUUUCGAAUGGAUCUGGAACGGGGAAGGGUUCUCGAGCAAGAAUAACAUGAUACUAAAUACUAACUCAUACAAGCCUUAUAUCCAUUCAAUGCCGCCAGAAUUAAAUAAUUAUGAUUCUCUGUGGAAAAGUUGUGAAAUUCAAACAGAGGUGGAUCCGAUGAAUGUUUUAAAUAGAAUCCGAGACUAUCACGUUGAAAACGCCAAAAUUCUAAGUGACGAUCGAAUUGAUUCAGAUUUGAACUUAGCAGUACAGACUUUAAAAAACAUUGCUAACAAUAUCUCACGUUAUGAAAAUGUUGACGUGUGCAUUCCAAUUAAGACAAACGAAAGAAGGUUAGCGUUCGAGUUAUCAACCAACUGCGCUUUCUGUGACGAGGAGUGGUACAAAUUAGGCUUCAACUGCAACGACCUGGACGCAAAUGUCUUUCUAAUUCACGAAAAAAUUCCAAUCGACGUUGCAAAAAAGUUGAACGUGCCGAACUACGUCAGCAAGUACCUGAACGCCGAUGAAUUCGAUUGCGAAUAUGAACAGUCGGAAGAACUUACCGUUAGAAUAAAAAAUCUUUUGAAGGAUUACACCGACGGCCUAGCAAUAUUCAAAGAACUUAUUCAAAACGCUGAUGACGCCAAAGCCAGCGAAAUAAGUUUCGUGUAUGACCAGCGGCAAAAUCUUGAAGCCAGAUCAAUUUUAUUUGAUGAAAAGAUGAAGGAUUUACAAGGACCCGCCAUCUGGUGCCACAAUAAUGCUACCUUCACAGAUAGAGACUUCGACAAUUUAAUUAAACUAGGUGGCGCCACAAAAGAAGGUGAGAGAAAUAAAAUUGGAAAGUUUGGACUCGGUUUCAAUUCAGUUUACCAUUUAACAGAUGUACCGAUGUUUGUCAGCAACCAAAAUAUCGUCUUCUUCGACCCACACAGGAAAUAUUUGGGCAAAGCUGUGCAUAGCAAAUCGUGUGCUGGCAUCAAAUUGCAUCUGAAAAAGCACAAAAAUAGAAUUGAAAAAUUUAUUCAUCAAUUCAUGCCGUUUCAUAAAAUUUUUAGCUGUGAUUUUAGCGAAGAUUCAAAAAUGAGCAAGUAUGAUGGGACGUUGUUUAGGUUCCCACUGAGGACAGAGAAACAAGCGAGUGAAAGUUUAAUUUGUAACAAACAUUACAAUUCAAAAGAAGUCCGAGAGUUGAUCAAAUGCUUAUUCAACCUGGGUGAAAAUCUGAUAAUGUUCACUCGAAACAUCCGCAAAAUUCAACUCUUUUCUAUCUCGAACGAUUCUGAAAAUUUAAACAUGGAAAAGAUAUUCACCGUCGAAAGAAAUGUCAUCACAGACCUGGUGCGUGAUGUUGAAAAGGUUUGCAAUAUUUUCAAACCACACCGUCAUACCUCUGAGUCUGAAUUUAACGAAAUCGAGUCCGAAUUUAACGAAACCUACACCAACAACUUGUACAUUAUUGAAAUGAAAACAACUGAAUACGAGGCUGCCAUGUCGAAAAGAGAAAUUGAAUCUUACUGGAUUGUUAGUUGGUGCCACUGCAGUAAUAGCUCUUUUUAUAAUUCUUCGACUCUUCCAAUUGGCUCAGUUGCUGGUAGGUUAAUAACUACAAAAAAUAAAAAUCUGUAUGAUGUGCCAGAAAAGUCUGAUGACACAAAAAGCUACAUCUACUCAUUUCUACCUGUCUCCCUCGCUUGCAAUUUUCCAGUUCACGUUAAUGGAAACUUUUCUUUGAACUCAAGCAGAACGCAUUUGCACGAGAGAGACCAUUUCGAUAAAGAGGAUAGGAGGUGUGAGUGGAAUGAAUAUUUGAUGACAGGCCCUGUGGCAGUGGCCUACUGCCACAUGUUGCAUCACCUAGCAAAAAUCACAACUUCAAAUAUUUACGAUAUCUUUCCCGUGAAUACAGGCAACCGAUCUAAAUAUCAUGCACUAUUAACUGAAUCAGUUUACAAACAUUUGUUGAUUUCGGAUUAUGAAGUCUGCAAAUCUGUUUUGAAAGAUAAUAUAUUCAAACUCACGAAAUGUUUGACGAUGGAUUUGGUCUUGAGAAAUUUAAAUUUUGCUGAUAGUGUGUUUUCAAUUCUCCAGCUAACAGCUGUUGAAAGUUCGUUCACCGAUUUGCCUGUCGAGGUUCUCAAUUCAAUUUUACACUCAAAAUUUAGUAAAUUGUUUUCCAGCUGUUUGAUCUCGCCAGUUAACUUUUACAAGCAGUGGUUUUUACCACACAUGUCAGAAAUUCCCCUGCUUCCAAAAAUGAAUGUUUUAAUCGAAACAAUUUUAAACAAAGAUUUGAAAGAGUUUCUUCUUCAUGAACAAUGCAUUCCAGCCACACCAUUUGGUGAUCGUUUGUUGAACGUAAAAAGUCUGAUAGAUCCGGAAUGCGAAUUAGCUGAAUUGUACGAUCCGAAUGAAGAAAGAUUUCCAUUCGUUCCUCUAUCACUCGACCGUCUGAAAUAUUACACCGAACUGAGAACGCACGGAAUGACUCGAAAAGAAAUUUCUUGCGAGGAUAUAAUUGAUAGAUGUCGGUCCAUUGAAAACAAUCCAGAUACUGUCUGCAAAAGAUUGAAGAUUGUUAUAGAACAAAUUCGAUUAAAGGUGAACCAGAACAAAUUUGAUGAAUUCAAAAAUAUCGUCCAAGGCAUUCGAAUGUUUGAAAAAAUUGAGAAACCGAAAGAAUGGAUCCUCAGUUGGAAAAUAUCAAAUUUUCCGUUAGUUUCAAUUGAGGAGAGCUAUUUGAAAUCUAACGCCAUGCUGCCCGCCGUCAAUCAUUUUAUAAUAAAUGAAAAAAUUUGUAACCUUGGAGAUUUGAAAUUAUUUUUUGAUUUAAAAAACAAAACAAUCCCAUUUGAAACGAUGAAAAUUUUUUUAAACGAAAUUUCAAACAAAUUUGAUGAAACUGACAACUACAAAUUGAAAGAUGAAAACUAUUACAAGUUUAUCACUGAUGUUAUGAGCGAAUUUAAUCAAGAGGUUAGCAAGAAUGCUUAUCAUGAUUUUCUAUGUGACCUCAAAACUUCAAAAUUUAUUUUAGCAAAGGAUACCAAUUCAUUGACGCUGGUUUCAAUUGAUCAGUGUUGUUUAGGAUUUCAUCCAAAUUUGUUGCCGUACAUUUGCUCACACAGUGAUUGCUAUUCACAGAUUGACAUGAAAACAUGCAAAGAGGUGUUAGGGAUGUCGGAAAGUUUUAAAGCUGAUGAUUACGUGCGCGUCUUAAAUACGAUUAAAUCAAAAUUUAAUAGCAAUGAACUUGACGAAAAACACGUUUCUAUAGUUGUUCAAAUCUUGUCAUUAUUGGCUGAACAUACUAAAGAUUUAAAUCCAACGAAUGAAUUAUUGAGUAACAUUCCAAUAAUAAACGAAAAUAAUAUUUUGACUCCAUCAAAUGAAAUUCUUUACAACAAUUUAACUUGGAACAAAUUGAAGAACAAUUCAUACUGUAAUAGCAAAAUAUCUCGAGAUACGGCAACGAAAUUAAAACUGAAGUACGUAGCAAACAACAUCAUGUCGGAAUACAAGAUUUCAAUGCCUUUUGGCCAGCAUGAAAAUUUAGUUGACAGAUUAAACACCAUCUUGACGUCUUACAAUUUGAAAGAAGAUGUUCUGAAAGAGAUGCUACAAAACGCCGACGACUCAAACGCUACUGAAGUUCAUUUCAUACGUGAUGAGAGGCAGCAUGGAACCGUAAAAAUAUUUGACGGGUCGUGGCAACCGCAGCAAGGGCCAGCUCUCUGCAUUUACAACAAUAAAUCAUUUUCAGAGCAAGAUUUAGAGGGCAUACAAAAGUUAGGUAGAGGUUCGAAAAGAGAUGAUGUCCUCAAAACAGGACAUUUUGGCGUUGGCUUUAAUUCGGUUUAUCAAAUCACCGACGUACCAUCCUUCAUAACAACUGUUUUGGGUGAAAAAAAUUUGGGUACUGUUGUCGGAUUUUUUGAUCCAAAUUGUAAAUUUUUGCUCGAUUCAGAUAAGUCCAACCCCGGAGGUUUGUAUAAAAAAGAAGUGCUUGCUGAAACGUUUACUGAUGUUUAUUCUGGGUUUCUGCAAGAUUUUGAAAAGUAUGACGUAUCAGAGGGAGGAACUAUUUUCCGUCUGCCGUUAAGAAAUGCUAAGUCAAAAGAAAAAUCGGAGAUAAAACAGGAUGUGGUGUACUUAAAAGAUAUAAAAGAAAUUUUUAAUAUUUUUGAGACAAAAAUAUGCGAAAGUCUCAUAUUUUUAAAGUCCAUCACCUCUCUCUCUCUUGUUGUUAUUGACGAGAAAAAACACGAUGAAGUAAUUUUUAAUGUCAAGACCAUUCUCUCAAAAUCUGAUGCAACAAAAAAAUCAAAUUUCAUAAAAUCUGUAAAAAAUGGUGCUAGAAAUUUAUCCAAAAGAAAAAUUCAAUUGCAUAAAGUGCAAAGUAAAGAAAUUGUAUACAGAGCACAAUUAACAGGCAACGACUCUGUGACCUCAAAUUGGGUUGUAGUACAGAGGUUCGGUUUUGAAAAUACUGACAAAAUUUCUGAAAAAGUGAAAAUUGAAUAUUCAAAUCAAAAUAUUCCGCUUCUGCCACUUGGCGGAGUUGCUAUCCCAGCGAAUAGUUUGAAAAAUGGCGAAAAAUUUUCAUCAAAAAUAUUCAACCUACUUCCAUUAGCAUUUGAGACAAAUCUUCCGUGCCAUAUUGAUGGGAAUUUUGUGAUGAGCCACGAAGGCAGACGAGAUCUGUUGAAAGAAAGUUGUUCAAAUGAAACAUACAAAUCAGAAUGGAAUGAAUUAAUUUUCAGUCAGAUCAUCGUACCUGCUUACUGUUCGCUGCUGAUGUUUUAUAAAAAUGAUCUAUCGAAUGUUAAUGAUUACGAAGAACUCGUUGAAAAAUGCAAUAAAGUUUAUUAUAAAAUUUUUCCUUCUAGUGAGAAUGACGACUUUCUAAAAAAAUAUCUUGUUGAAAGAUUCUACCAGUACAUUCACGAAAAUAAAGAAGUUUUGUUUUUGGAGCAUAAAAAUAAUGGAACUUCAUCUAACAUUUGUUGGAUAAGUUCUGGAAAGGAUGAAGACAUUUAUUUCGAUAAUGUUAACUAUCAAAUAAGUAAAUAUUUGCAGCCACCUCAACUACAACCUCUCACAGAUUUUGAAAUUUUCGAAAAACUGAACGAAGAAAAUAUUAAAAAUAUAAUAACAAACCUUGGCAUGCGGCUUAUUUCAUGUCCCUAUCACGUUUACAAGAAUUUUGUAAAUUUCAAUCUCGACAUUAAAAUUCUUUCUCCGACUUUUAUAAAGCAGUUUAUGACAAAUUCAAAAUAUUUAGAAGGAAAGAAAGUGAAAAUUCACGAUACUGUUUUUAAGAAUCCAAAAAAUCUUAAACUAUUUUUGAAAUAUUUAACCUUUGAAGAUAAGAAUCUCAUAAACGGGUUGCCUGUGUUGUUGUCGGCAGAUGAACACAUUUGCACUGCAUGCCCUGAGAAUGGCCUGUUCGAAUCUAAGUAUGCACCCAUAUUUCCCCAUAAACAGCAUCAAUUCGUUCAUCCAACAGUCGAAAUGUAUUUCAAAGACUGUGUUGAAGUCUUCGAGCCAAAUUUGAUCAAUAGUGAAAGUACCGUUUCAAGUAAAUUAAUAGUAAAAGAGCUUACAAUUUUAGAAUUUAAAAACUUUUUAAACGAUUUUGAACCCAUCAAACAUUUCGAAAAUACAAAAUGCAUUGAAGUACAAUUUGAAAAUGUUCUAUCAAAAUUUAAUCCUCCAGAAGAUUGGCUAUUGUCAGUUUGGAAAUGUAUCGAAUCUCUACAUAACGACAAUAUUUUCAAUGAAAUAUCCAAUUUCAGUAUUUUGCCAGUUGAAAAAUUUGACAACCGAACAAAUGCAACAACAUGGUUUUACCCAAUUUCAAAAAGUUUGUGCGUGUUAAAACCUUUAAACGAUAUUCAAAGUUCUUCGAGAGAAAUUUUCAAAGUCUUGAAAAAUCUCGGAUUACCUAUUUUGAAACAUUUUCACAAAAAUUCAAAUUUUUUCUCAAUUCAUGCAAACAAUCCAUACAGUUCAAUAAAUGAUUUUAUGGAUAAAUUGGUUGUUAGCGUUACAAACCCAAGCCACGUAUUGAAAGCGUUGAGUGAUGCUUGCAAAGAUGGGGCGACAAUUAAAUUUUUUAACAGUAAGCUUAUUUUGAAAUAUUUCAGCCAAAAUGUUGAUAGCUUCAAAACAAAAUCUAUCGACGAACUUAAAAAAUUGUCCAUGUUUUGUGACGUAAAUAACACGGUAUGCGCUUUAAAUUCGUCAAAAGUGGUCACCAUUCCGUCAGGUAUUCCCCAGUUUCCAAUUGAAAAGUUUCCAUUCAAUCAGUGCAUAUACUUGAAACGAGACCACAUGUUUGAUGGUUUGUAUAAACGCAUAACGUCUGAUCAUUAUGAAACAUUGGAUUUUUAUGCUAAAAUAAUUUUUCCUAAUUUUGAUACGUUGAACGACGCUGAAAAGUUGGAACAUUUAAAAUUUAUUAAAAGUCAAACAAAUCAACUUUACGAUGAACAGAAUUUAAAAUUAAUGUUAAAAAAUAUAUGCUUUUUAAAAACACCAUCGGGUCAGCAACUCCAAACAUCAAAGUUUUACAGUAAAAAUCAUUGCCUUUUUAAUCUGAUGGAAAAAAAUUUUCCCAGCAGUCCUUACGACAAAAAAGAAUGGAACAAUUUUUUGAAACUUUGUGGUCUUAAUGUGAAUUUAUCUUCUGAAAAAUUUAUCGAAUAUGCUUUUAAAGUCCAAAGUUUUGAUGUUGGCCAAGGAAAAAUAAUUUCAUCUCAUUUGUUGAAUUCUUUGACGGGGAAAACAGUUUCUAACGAUGGAUCGAUUCAGUCGGAAGCGAUCGAAUUAAAUCAUGGUUUUGUGCAAAAAAUAAAACAAAUUCCUUUUAUUGUUCCGCACAAAAUUGAUGAAACUUAUUUAAAAAUUCACGACGGCUUUUCAAAAAAUACCUACAUUAAAAUUUCAGACUCAAAACUCAGCCGAGAUUUAGAGUAUUAUUGGACUGCAUGUGACAUACUGCCACCAAUCUUUAAUGGCGAACUUCUGCAUCUGUCACAGAAAUGCAGUUUAAACGAAUUUGAUUUGAAUCUAAUGAUUUCUCACAUGAAAAAAACUUAUGGCUCAAUCAAUGAGGUAAAAAAUAUUUUAUUCUCCUAUGACCCAUUUAGACAUUUUGUUGAAGGACUAACGAAUAAUUAUUUGGAUAAAUUGAAGGAACACGCCAAUCUUAGUAGCAACAUUUUGAGUGAAUUAUCAAACUUGCCAAUUAUUUUUGUGAACUCCAAAGAAAACUUCGUGCAAGCACACCAAUGUGCAAUAGAUAUAACAGAAAAAGACCAGAUACCUCCCUACAUCUUCAAACUACCCUCCAACUACGGUCCCCAUGCAGAAUUUCUGAUGAAGCUAGGAGCCAGCAAACACAUAACUAUAGAACAAUGCAUCAAACCUCUUGAAACUUUGAAAAAUGAAUAUGGAAAUUCAAAAUUGAAGUAUGAUGAUUUGUGUUAUGCAAACAAAUUAUUUGAUUUGUUUUUGAAGUUGUUAACAACUCCUUCAAGUUUAUCUGUCAAAAAACUUUUCAUUCCGUGCAAAUUUGGCACACUUGAAAGCUCCGAACUGGUGGUUUGUUUAAAUAAAAAUGCCGACAUUUUCAAUGGUCUCAAUUUGAGUCUAUUGGGAAGACCAUUACUUAAACAUAAAUUAUUUGACCGUUUGAUGCAUCUGCCUGAAAACAUCAGACCAAAACUCUUUUCUGAUUUCGUUCGUGAAAAUAUAUCAAGCCUAGGAAAACUUUUACCUAAACCGGGUGCCAUAGAAAAAAUCGAAGAAAAGUUGAACAAUAUUAAUUUUAAAAAUGGUUUUGAGAUAAUUAUAAAUAAAGCUAUUAGCGAUAAAACAUUGUCAAAAAAAAUUAUUGGUCAAAUGUUUGACGAUGAAGUCGUUUUUGAAUGUUAUGAACAUAUUGAGUUGGUGUCUGUUUGGGGUGACGAUGUCGUUGAAGAUUCUAAAAGAAAGGUUUAUUUUCAUCCCAAAUCAUAUUCUGAUAACAAGAUCGUCAUGUGUGUCAAUGCCUCAUCUCAUAUAAUCGAAUAUGAAUUAGUUUAUAAGCUAUCUGAGCACUUAAUUGGGUUAUACGUUAAAGAAAAAAAAGACAUUCUAGCAGUUUUAGCGCUAGAAAAAAUAUUAAAUAGUAAUUUGGAUAAAUUAAACAUAUUGCUGUAUGAAUGUGGAUAUGAAGAUUUGUUAAGAACUCGAUUGUUUGAAAUAAAAUUAGGCGUUGAAAUUCCUUUGGAAGAUCAUUUCACUUUAAUGCAAGACGAUUUCAAAUUUUUCAAGCAACAACUGGUAGCUUACGAAGAGAAAGAUUCAUUCGACGAUGACAAGGAGGGCGAUCCUAAGUAUAUUUUGGUCCAGAUAAUUGAAAUAGUUGGCACUGAUCCUUCUAGCAUUUCUUCAGAUUAUGAAGUUGAUUUUGGUCAGCAUAGAAAAACAGUUCCAGCUGUACAACUUUUCAGUUUCGCGAAAGUCAUAGAUCCGGAAAAACUGUCUGUUGUUUUGAUGAAUCCAGAAAAUGAAACAUCAACUUUACACACUGUUAAAGUAUUUAAUACUCUUAAGGAAGCCAUCGAUGAUUUAAAACAGAAACUGAAAGAAAUUUGGAAGUUAGAUGAUGAAGCGAAGAAAAAGAAAGCUAUCAAGCGUCUGUUUUUGAAAUGGCAUCCCGACAAAAACCCAACAAAUUUUUCACAUUGCAACGAAGUUUUCAAACACCUUCAGAUCCUCAUACAAAUGUUGGAGGAUGGCAAGAGCAUCGACGAUUACUACGAAACAACAAAAGUGGAUUUCUCAUCAACCAGCAGAACAUCAAGUUCCUAUUUUAACACAGAUUACUUCGAUCGAAUGAGCAGACGAGCUCAACAACAUUCCUUCUGUCAAAAAAACUCGGGAUCUUCCAACAGCCACAGUUCUGGACAUUUCAGUUACAGGAAUACUCAUAACAGUUUUUUCGCGAAAUUCAAACACGUUCCUACCAAGAAACCAAAAGAAGCCAAAUUGUUCCUCGACCAGGCGAACUAUGAUUUCAACGCUGCAAGCAAUGACGCUCCGCAGACUUAUCAAUGGAUGUGCGUCAAAUAUUACAUGGUGGUUCAAAAUAGUUUGAAAGCGGUACAGUGCAUGAAAGACCAUUCAAAACUUUCUCACAAAUCCUCUUCACUAUCACACCUUGCCACUGAACUUUAUGACGCAGACCUGUCUAGAUGGUCAAAAGAAAUGGACUCUCUUCUUCAAGAUUUGAACCAUCUCACCACACCAUCGUCAAAUCAGACGGCGUCUGAUAAAAUUACCUGCGCCCAUGCUGAUCAAGCCAAAGAAAUUGCUGAGAACGUUUUCAAAAAAUGCUCUAAAAUGAUUUCUUGA